AAACCCCUUCCGAGUUCUCUCUCUUUCACCAAGCUUUUGCUCUUCUAGGGUUUUUUUUUUGGAGAAAACCAGAAUAAAACCCUAAACUUCGAUUAAAUGGGAAAGUGUCCAAACAGGAAGGUAAAGAAGCGACGACUCUCUCACAAGACGGCUCGCCGCACCAAAUUCCUUGUCAAAGGUGACGAUAUGGUCUAUGAUCAGUUGCAGAAGCCAGAAGUGGACAAGAAAUCCUUGCCCCUCGACGAGGAUUUGCCCGGGAUGGGCCAGUAUUACUGCAUGCACUGCGACCGAUAUUUUGCAAAUGUGACGGUAAGGGAUGAACACAUCAAGACCAAACGUCACAAGAAGCGAGUGAAGGAAAUGAUGGGUCCUGCACCACAUACUCAACUUGAUGCUGAACUGGCUGCUGGAAUGGGUAUGCCAGACAAUGGUCCAAAACUCAUGUCAUUGUGAGAUCAUACCCCCCCAAAAAAGAACCACCACCUCCGCUCUUCCCCCUAUUUAGUUUAUGUGGCAAACCUCUCAACUGAAGGAUAUUUUUGUGUUGUAAGAAAAAAUUUCUUUGCCGACAUUCCUAGCAUAUUGUGUAUCAUGUAGUUUUGUUGUGUCAAUUAGUAAGGGUAUUCAAUUUCAUUUGUUAUGGUCACUGAUAAGUUUAUAUAUUCAGUAAACAAGAUUUGAAGCAAUGUGCUAUGGAUGGAAUGACAUGAUGAGUUGUGUCCAUAAACUCUUGGAUGUCAAGCGCUAUGUGUAACCCAGUUUUGAAAUGGAGUAUACUCUUUUAUA